AUGGUUUCUCUAUUGGGCUCCCACUACCAGGAGAAUAAGUACAUCGUCGUGGUGACGGACGGUCAUCCUCUAACAGGUUACAAGGAGCCCUGUGGGGGGUUACAGGAAGCUGCCAAUGAGGCCAGGCAACACGGGGUUAAAGUCUUCUCUGUCGCCAUAUCACCUGACCAGGAGGACACCAGGCUGUCAGUGAUUGCUACAGACCAGAACUACAGACAGAACUUCACAGCAGCUGACAACAGCAGAUCCACCCAGCUACAGACCAUUCGCAGCAUCAUAGAUAUGAUCACCAAUGAGACCAAGGAUGUGUGCUGUUCUUUUGACUGCAAUAAGUAG